CCCACUCGGUUUCCGUAAGGUAAACGUAUCUGAUUGGUUAGGUGGCCGUGCACGCAGAGAACACAAUCGUUUGGAAAACGUCUUGCGGAUUACAGCCAGAAUGAGUCUAAGAAAGCAGACCCCGAGUGACUUUCUGAAGCAGAUCAUUGGGAGACCCGUGGUGGUCAAACUGAACUCUGGUGUCGAUUACAGAGGCGUUCUUGCCUGUCUGGAUGGAUACAUGAACAUUGCCAUAGAGCAGACGGAGGAGUAUGUCAAUGGACAGCUCAAGAACAAGUAUGGGGAUGCCUUUUUGAGAGGAAACAAUGUCCUAUACAUCAGUACCCAGAAGAGGAAGAUGUAGUGAAGAAAAUAUGGGUUUCUCUUUUCUUUUUUUUUGGUGGUGUAUAAGACGACAGUUGUUUGAAAAUUUUGGUUCUGUAAAGGCUGAAGUAAUGACGUUUUUGUUUUGUAAAAGUGGAAUACGUUAAUAAAUUCUGCACUUUUGUUUAUCUCUUUUGUUGAUGGUCUAACUAAGACACUAAAAUGUACGUUGAUUGUAUAAUAUUGAUGGUAUCCCCCAGCCAAACAGUAAUUAACUAUUUAACAGCAACUGAUUAUCUUAAAAUGUAUUUAAAUGGAAGAAAAAAAGACAGAAUUGGUGUGAUUUAACUUAAUGCCUGUCGGGAUUCCACAGUAUUGGUUCAGCACUUUUAGAAGUUGCUUUUUUUUUUUUCUUCUUGGCUAAAUAGCUUCAAUUUGUUCCUGGAGCAGUUUAUAAAAUUACCACUCCUUUCCUGCAAGGUUCCAAAUGGAUCAGAGCAAAAUUAGUCAGCCCUAAUAUGUGCUAAUUUUGUCAUUAAUCUUAAUGCAACUGGCUCUCAGACACCAGAAUGAAUCACUCAUGUAUAAAAAUGUACUCAGACUCAGGCGUCCUCAGAUUCUUAGUAAGAUCUCAACUAAAAACAGAUUCCCCCAAAUAAACACUCUUAUUUCAAAAGCAUUAAUGCCUUUACUAAAAAUUCUCCAUCUUACUGGCAGUACAUUAG